AUGGCGCAGGACCCGAGUGACGGAAUUGAUCAGGAGCUCCUGAAUCACGCUCAUCUUAUAUCUGCCAAUCAUUAUGCCGACCAGGCGCGUGUUGACCUGAACCAAGUUACUAAAUGGCUGAUGGCUGCGCCCCAAGUUGCGAAAGACAAAGCUCCCUUCUUCUGGACCUACCUCGACCGACCCCGCGAUGGCCAAGUGUACCUUACAUGGCAACCCCUCAAGAGGCUUGGAACAAAUUUCGCGAGCGACGGAAUGAUAUGGGGCCCCGAGCAAUACCAUAGACAGGAUGUUGGAAACGGACUGUCUCUCGAAAUUCACUACGUUAAGUCAGGUUUCGUACCCGGCGAGCAGGUUGCCAUGCACGCGCGUCGCAGAUUUCGGCUUGUGCCGUCGCAGACCGGCGUCAUGAACGCGCCGCAGCCGGAUAUCAGUCUUUGGAUCGUUCAUUAUGGCCCUUCCGACCCUCCCGACCGCGUUCCGGUCAACCUGAUACCCGUUUCCCAAGAGACCCAGCACAUUAUGGCGACCCGUAAUCACCUCCAGAAGUGUGGCCAGAUUGCUCGCAAAGACUUCAUGCUCUCGGAUCGCGCCAGUUGGCCCCAAAUUCAAUUUCCCCGCAACGGUGGACGGCCACAAAUGUAUAACCCGCCGGCACAGUCACGGCGUGUUCCGCAGCAGAUGGCCUAUCCCCCAGCCGGUCCUCAAGGUCGCCGCGGCCGCCAACAAGCGCAGGCACAGGCACAGGCACAGCAGCAUCAGCAGGCUCUAGCCCAUGCCGAGCCCCUGCACGACGAUGAGGAGCUCGAGAAAGAUCUUUUUGACCACCUGACUCCUAGGGACAUAUCCUUCGCGCGGUAUCAGCAGAACCACGAGUGGAUGGAGGAAAUUGUGUCUUCCCCUUACGCCCUUAGUCAGAUCGCACCACCUGAUCUUGGUCUUGGGCUCAAGGGAGAGUUGGCGCCUCUGACUGACGGAAUCUUCUCUGCGCAGAGUGCGAACGCGCUCACCGAACCACCUCAAAAACCGUACAUUGGUCGUCUGGAGCCUGGACUAGCCGAUGAGUUCAGGAAAAGAGUCCAGGAGCAUCUUGAGGCAACGAAGGCCGAGAUGGAGAAGAUGAAAGCGGAACAUGCCAAGAACAUGGCCAGUCUCAAGACUAGCUCGGUAUAUGUGGAUGCCGAGAAGGAUGUUAAGAACUCCAUCCAGGAACGUGGUCCGGAGCCAUGGCGCAUCGAGGGCCACUACACAGAUUCGGACGACAACAACGGGUCAUGGUCGCAAAAGCACAACAAGAAGGUGGACGAGAUCGUGGCCCAGGUUGAAGCCAACCUUGGCCGACACAUCGAAGUUCUUCAUAAUGUCCACCGGAUACAAGACGGUGGUUUUCAGGAGCCCGCUCCGGAGCCCAUCAAGGAACCUUCACCCGCCCCGCCCCGGGCAAGCUCUCCGGCGCAGGCUGCUGGCAUUGACGCGGGUGCUCCAGAAUCGCGACGGCCAUCGCAGGCGGGCUCUAAUCAUAGCGGGGUGAUGGUGGGUGACUCGGACAUCGAUAUGGGCGGAACUGCGGCAGGACUCCUGGAUGAGUUGCACACCGGGUUCUCCGCCAACUCCACUCCGCUGAACAACUUCCCUACGCCGCAGACUCACCUUAAUUCAACGGCUGGAACCCCUGCCAACGUGAAUGCGCCCUCGCCUGCACCGAUUCCUCCAACCAUCCCCGAGGAGACUGAGGCUCCAGCUUCCAACGACACUUCUGCUGUCCUCGGAGAGGAUGUUCCCAUGGGCAACACAGAAUCGACCAAGGAUGCCUCCGCCACCGCGCCUGAUCAAGGAACCGACAGCGGGGAGUGGGUGGUGGUGCCUAAGGGAGGAACAUCGCCCGAUCCCGCUGUUGCUCCCGGCACCGGCACGACCGAGGGCGACGAACCCAAACCGGCCGCCAAAGCCUCAUCCGCUGCCGGAACGCCAACGGAGACUCAAACCCCCGGCGGCUUUAGUUCUUUGGGCGACCUCGACUCGGCCGGUGAUGCGAUGGCCAGCUACGGGGCGUCCAUAGGAGACGGUUUGGACAUCAACAUGGAAAUGGAGGACUCUGCCUUUGGAGAUGCUUUCCACGGCGUAUCUAGUAAUGACACGCCAGGAAACCAGUCCGAAGGCGGUGCCUAG